AUGUCUGCUGCUAAAUUCGAUGACGCCGUCAAGAUUGUCGGUAGUAUGCCAAAAGAUGGUCCAGUUCAACCAACACAAGAUGAUCAAUUGAAAUUUUAUGGAUUGUACAAACAAGCUACCAUUGGUGACGUUAACACUUCUCGUCCCGGUAUGAUGGACUUUACCGGAAAGUACAAAUGGGACGCAUGGAAGAAGAAUGAAGGAUUAUCCCAAGAUGAUGCUAAAUCUCAAUACGUUGCCGCUUUGAUCGCCAUUCUCGAAAAGCACAGCGAUCAAGAGGAUGCCAAACAAUGGUUGAGUCAAUUGAAGUAAAGUAGACUUUCUUUGUUUUUACAUGCAUGUAGCGUAAAGGGAAAAAAAUAAUAAGAUCUUUCAUAAUUAUCAUACAAGCAUCAUAUUGAGAGGAUAUUGCCGAAUAGGCAAAUGAGAUAUACUUCCACGGGG